AUGCCGCCCAAGAAGAAGGGGAACAAGAAAGCCGACGACGACUGGGAGGCCGAGCUCGGCGAGUCGAUUGCGCCGGCCAACAACGCUGCGGGCGAGGAUGCGGCUGCUGGUGCUGGUGCCGAGGGCGCCGAGGAUGGCGACGAUGCGCCGGCCGGCGGCCUGAUGGCCAUGAUGCGCAAGAACCGCGAACGGAGGAAGAAGAAGGGCAUCGUCGACGACUUUGUCGAGGGCGAGGACGCCCCCGGCGCGGAGGAGGAGGCCAGCCCCGCGCCCGCGGCGCCCGUCGAGGCCUCGAUGGACGACGAGUUCGCCAUGCCCGAGAAGAAGGGCAAGGGUGGAAAGCAGGGCGGCAACAACAAGCAAGGUGGCAACAAGCAGGGCGGUAACAAGGCCGCCGCCGCUGCUGCUGCUGACGACGACGACGCUGAUGGUGGUCGCAUGCUCACCAAGGCUGAGAAGGAAAAGCUCAAGAAAGAGAGGGAGAAGCAGAGGAAGAAGGAGCAGGCUGCCAAGAAGAAGACUACCACCCCGGCACCCGCCGCAAAGGCGCCCGAGCCCGCCAAGGUCGAGGAGAAGAAGGAGGAGGCCCCAGCACCCGCCGCCGACGCUGGCGGCAAGAAGAAGAAGCUUCCCGCACAUCUCGCCGCCAUCCAGAAGCAACAAGAAGAGCUGCGCCGGCAAAGAGAAGCCAUGGAGCAGGCUUCGGCCGAGGAGAAGGCCAGGCUCGAAGAACUAGAGCGCAAGGAAGCCGAGGAGGCCAAGCGGAAAGAAGAGGAGAAGGCCCGCAAGAAGCAGAAGGAGAAGGAGAAGAUUGAGCAGCUCAAGAAAGAGGGCAAGUUCAUGACCAAGGCGCAAAAGGAGGAGAAGGCCCGCAACGAGAGAAAGCUUCAGCAAAUGCUGGCUGCCGGUAUCAAGGUUGGCCCGGCUGGUGACGGCGAAGAGCAGAAGAAGAAGCCCACUUUUGAGAAGAAGCGUGGUGGCAAGUUGGACAAGAAGGCCGAGGAGGAGAAGGCUCUUGCCGAAGCUGCUGAGCGUGCGAGACUCCAGGCGGAAGCUGCUGCAAAGGAAGCUGAAGAGAAGGCCGCCAAAGAAGCCGCCGAGGCCGAGGCUGCCGCCAAGGCUGCUAAGGAGGCUGCCGCCGCCGACGAGAUUGAGGACGAUUGGGAGGCCGCUGCCGCGUCCGAAGAGGAUGUCAAGGACAGCUGGGACGCUGACUCGGACGAGGAGAAAGACACCAAGACCAAGGACCUGCCGUCGCGGCCGAAGGCCAAGGAGACGGGUUCCAAGGGCGAUGACUCCGAUGAGGAUUCUGACGAUGACUCGGACGACGAGUCUGAAGAAGACGAGAAGAUGACCGCCACCAGACUUGCCGAGGAGAAGCGCAAGAAGGAGGCCGCCGAGCGGAGAGAAAAGGCUCACCAGGCUGCUCUUGCCGCCAGAUCUAAGGACAAUCUGCGCUCGCCCAUUUGCUGUAUUCUUGGACACGUCGAUACCGGAAAGACCAAGCUUCUGGACAAGAUCCGUCAGACCAACGUCCAGGAAGGCGAAGCCGGUGGUAUCACUCAGCAGAUCGGUGCCACUUACUUCCCGGUCGACGCCAUCAAGCAGAAGACCGCCGUGGUCAACCGCGACGGUUCUUUCGAGUACAAGGUGCCUGGUCUCCUCAUCAUUGACACGCCAGGUCACGAGUCCUUCUCCAACCUGCGGUCAAGAGGUUCCUCGCUUUGUAACAUUGCCAUCCUGGUCGUUGAUAUUAUGCACGGUCUCGAGCCCCAGACUCUCGAGUCCAUGAAGCUGCUCCGCGAUCGCAAGACUCCCUUCAUUGUCGCCCUCAACAAAAUCGAUCGUCUGUACGGCUGGAAGAUGGUUGCCAACAACGGCUUCCAAGAGAGUCUGGCGCUUCAGAACAAGGGCGUCCAGAACGAGUUCCGCAACCGUCUCGAGCAGACCAAGCUGGCAUUCGCCGAGCAGGGUUUCAACUCUGAGCUCUUCUAUGAGAACAAGUCCAUGUCCAAGAACGUCUCGCUCGUCCCCACCUCAGCUCACACUGGCGAGGGUAUCCCCGAUAUGCUCAAGCUGAUCCUGCAGCUCACCCAGGAGAGGAUGGUUGGCUCUCUUAUGUAUCUCUCCGAGGUGCAGGCCACGGUCCUCGAAGUCAAGGCGAUCGAAGGGUUCGGUAUGACCAUCGAUGUCAUCCUGUCCAACGGUAUUCUGCGCGAAGGCGACCGCAUUGUCGUGGCAGGCACAGAAGGCGCGAUUGUGACUAAUAUUCGUGCCCUCCUCACUCCUGCUAUAAUGAAGGAGCUCCGUGUCAAGUCACAAUACGUCCACAACAAAGAGGUCAAGGCCGCCAUGGGUAUCAAGAUCAGCGCACCUGGUCUCGAGGGCGCCAUUGCCGGUUCGCGUCUGCUUGUCGUCGGCCCUGACGACGAUGAAGACGACCUCAUCGACGAGGUUGAGGCUGAUGUUGGCAAGUUGCUUGCCCGUGUCAACAAGUCUGGUCGCGGUGUCAGUGUCCAGGCUUCCACGCUGGGUUCACUCGAGGCCCUGCUGGAUUUCCUGAAGGACAUGAAGAUCCCCGUCGCCAACAUUGGUAUCGGUCCCGUCUUCAAGCGCGAUGUCAUGCAGUGCGCUACCAUGCUCGAGAAGUCGCCAGACCACGCCGUCAUGCUGUGUUUCGAUGUCAAGGUCGACAAGGACGCCCAAGCGUACGCUGACGAACAAGGCGUGAAAAUCUUUAUGGCGGAUAUCAUAUAUCACCUGUUUGACAGCUUUACCAAGCACAUGGCCGAGCAGCUUGAGAAGAAGAAGGAGCAGGCAAAAGACCUCGCAGUCUUCCCUGGUGUGCUGAAGCCCGUCGCGGUUUUCAACAAGACUGGGCCUAUAGUUUUGGGGGUCGACUGUCUCGAGGGAUCUGUUCGCGUUAAUACGCCGAUCGCCGCGGUUAAGACGAAUGCUGAGGGCAAGAAGGAGAUCAUUGGCAUCGGCAGAGUGACUUCCAUCGAGCGAGAUCACAAGCAGCUUCCCAUUUGCAAGAAAGGACAACCCUCUGUCGCUAUUAAGAUCGAGAUGGGUCAUAACCAGCCGACAUAUGGCCGCCAACUCGAGGAGAGCGAUCUCCUCUACUCCCAGAUCUCGCGUGCCUCCAUCGAUUGCCUCAAGGACUACUAUCGCGCAGAUGUAUCGAAUGAAGAAUGGAAUCUCAUAAUUAAGCUAAAGAGCGUCUUUGACAUCUAG